GCAUUCAAGAAUUCCCGGAGAACAUCCGCUGUUGCAAGUGCCUGUCUGUGUUAGAAGCGAGCGUGAACCCCAUUAGCAAGUUGCCAGAAGGGUUCACUCAGCUCCUAAACCUGACCCAGCUCUAUCUGAAUGAUGCCUUCCUCGAAGCGCUGCCCGGCAACUUUGGCAGGCUGGCCAAAUUACAGAUCUUGGAGCUAAGGGAAAAUCACCUUAAGACGCUACCCAAGUCGAUGCAGAAGCUGUCUCAACUGGAGAGGUUGGAUCUGGGAGGCAAUGAGAUGCUCGACAUGCCGGAAGUAAUUGAGGAGCUCUCGAGUCUGCGGGAACUUUGGCUGGAUGGAAACGGCCUCCAGAAACUACCUGGGUGCAUCGGGCGGCUGAAGCAGCUGACCUACCUGGACGUGUCCAAGAACAACCUGGAGGAGGUGGAGCCGGGAAUCUGCGGCUGCCAGGAGCUCAGCGACCUCCUCCUCCUCCAACAUCCUCCAGCAGCUGCCGCUCAACCUCG